CAUAACCUUAAAUGUUUUGUUUAUAGUGAUGACAAAUAUUCAAUAUAUAAAAGAUAAAAAGUGUAAUAUGGAUGAAAUCUAUUAUUAGUCAUGCUUAAAAAUGUUUCUUUGGUUAUAGAAACAGUUUAAUAAAUCGUAAAAAAUGGAUUAUCGUUCACCAUUAGAAAAUGUAUUUAGUUUUAUCAGUGCAUUACCACAAGGCCACGAUAAGCCCAUAAAACAUGCAUUUUAUAAUGCUAUUGCUCUGUUUUUGCUAGUUCUUUGUGUAGGGGUUGGAUAUGCUUUAUUGUUAAUUUUAGAACCAUUUUUGAAACCUUUAAUGUGGGCUCUCUUAGUAGGAUCAGUGCUGCACCCUUUCAAAAGGUCACUUGCAAAACAGCUGCAGUUAUGGUUCAGCUCUCUAGAAGAAGCAGGGACCCCGUUUAUUGUAGGAUUGGCUUUAAUGCCAGUUCAACUGAUAAAUUACACAGGGGACUUGAUUGGAAAUAAGCUGAUGGAAAAUUUGAAGAUUAUUGUAGCUGUUUCUGUUACCAUUCCUAUAUUGCAUUUCGCUUACAAUUACACUCCAAAACUUCUUAUAAGUGUAAUGUUCAAAAUAGUUGAUCUGAUACUUUAUUUGGUUCAGUUUUUCCUUAAUAACACCUCAUCUAUGUGGAUUUCUGUAUCAUUACUUGGAUACAUUUCAAUAAUAUAUGUCUUGUGGAGGCCUGUUAAUAACAAAGUAUUUCAUUGGGCAUCUUUAGGAAUAUGGUUCUUAAUUUCAUGUUUCAUUGCACACAUGUUUGGUUCAUUGUUUCAAAAAUUUGUAUUUAUAGUACUGCAAGUAAUAUUUGCAAUUGGAUUCAUCUACGAAGUAAAUGACAUACAAGCUGAAGCUACAGCUGCAGGACAUCCAAUUACUUUUAUUGAAGCUCUGGUAUUGACUUUUAGAGGUUCACCUUCAACCCAAGCUGAAAAAGAAUACUCAAAAGAGAGUACAGAAGGUGAAGAAGGUGACAUUAAAGACCAAAAUUUAGAAGAAAAGAUUGAAGAUUUAACUGAAUUUCAAGCCCAAGAUGCUAAACUAGAGCUAAAGCAUCCACCUAAGCAAAAAAGUACACAGUCUCUCAUAGAUGAGAAAACAAAUUCCAAAACAAAGAAACGUUUUAUUUUUACAAGAUCACUGUCUCAGCCACAAAUAAAAGCUAGAGCCUAUGGUUUUCAACCAUUUUCACAAUUUAAAAGCAUAAAUAAAAUAGGCAACAAACUUAUCAAUCCAGAACAAAACUCAAGUGAUUUUUACAUGUACCUGCUUCUUUGGGCUUGUGGCAUUAUGUUACUGUGGAAAAACCUUUUACUCUUACCUGUACUUUUGUUACCCAUUGCCUUUUAUUUAGUUAAAAACUUGGUCAACUAUUUUGGAGUCUGUAGUUGGAUAAAAGGGCAAUGGGAUCAUAUUACAGAUCUUAUUGAAAAUUGGUGUUAUGAACGUUACGAUGCUUUAGUAUCUUUAUCAGUUAGAGGCCUUCUAAAAUUACUCUACAAGGUGAACAGUGGAGUAAAAAAUAAUUUAAAAGAGAGCAUCGACACCAUAGCAAGUUCUGUUGUUAUAUUAAUUCUUCUCAUUUUUCUUACCUGUGCUUCAGUUUUUAUUAUAAUUCAGGUAUAUGCUGAGGCUAUUAUGCUUGUAAAGAUGACUAGUAAUGUUAUAAAUCAAACCGUUGUUCAUAAUCCCGAAUUGCAGCAACUUUUGCCUCCUUCAUUUGAUGAAACAGUUGACUCAAUUCUUGAUAAUGCUUAUCAGUAUGGUCGCGAAGGAUUAUCAAAAGCUGUAAAAGGAAUGAUGGCAGAUGUUGAUUCGGCAAAAUCUGCAAAAUUAGAGAACCAAGUUUUGGAACUCUGGGAUCGAAUUUAUCAAAGAUGGAUGACUUCUGAUGUUAAAAAUGGUCCUGUUGUUUCUGAUGAAGCAGUUAUGACCACAUGGGAAGCGUUUUAUAACGACAUUAAAAAGUCUCCUGAAAUUUUCAAUGUUAAUGGACUGACUGAAUUUGUGAAACAAAACAUUGGAACUGUAAAAUCUUUACUCGAAUCAUUAUGGUCUAUUGUGAUAAGCAAUGUGAGCUUAAUAUUAGGCUCAUUUAGUACCUUCAUGUCUAUUGUACUGGGAGGAGGAACGGCGGUAUUAAAUUUCAUACUAAACGUGAUUGUCUUCUUGACCACAUUGUUUUAUUUGUUAAGUUUAAGUGGAGAGUUAUACAAACCUAUAGAAAUUUUGACUAAUAUUUCUUCAAGCAGCAGUCGUUUUGGGUUGGCCUUAGAAGGUGCUAUAAGUGGAGUUUUUAAGGCCUCUUUUAAAAUGGCAGCUUUCUAUGGUCUGUGGACGUGGCUAAUCCAUAAUUUAUUUAAAGUAAAAAUCGUCUAUUUGCCAUCAGCAAUAGCGACAAUUUUGGGAGCGGUUCCAUUUUUAGGUACAUAUUGGGCUUGCAUCCCAGCUGUUUUGGAUCUGUGGCUGGCCCAAGCUAAACCUUUUAGUGCUAUUAUGUUUGCAAUAUUUCAAUUUUUACCGAUAACUGUUGUUGAUACCGCUAUUUACAACGAAAUUCAAGGUGGCGGACAUCCUUACUUAACUGGUUUAGCAAUAGCAGGAGGAAUAUUCUGUUUGGGCGUAGAAGGAGCAAUAAUUGGUCCCAUUCUACUUUGUGGACUGUAUGUUGUAGUCGAUUUGUCAUCAACUUUUUUUAAAGAGUCUCCCUCUAAUGAAUCGCUAAAUAUUCAACCAUUGACAAGGUAAAUGUUUAAAUAUUGACUGAUAAUUUUUAACAAAUUCGAAUUGACAAAAAGCCAAGUGAUUUUGCGCUUUUAGUUGUUAUUUAUGCUUAUUUAAGUGUAAUUUGUUAGCUUCAUAGUAUAAUGUAACGUGUUGCCAAAGGUUAACUUUUUAUAGUAUAUUAUUGUUCACAAUUUUAAUGAUGUAUAAAGUCGUGUUUUUAACUUAAUUAUAUUUUAUUUAAAGUUUUAUACUCACUACCGUUUUCAGUAAAAUA